AUUUUGUAAAAACAUUGAGUAUGCUCACCUGGUCACACUGUAAAAUAGCGUCCUAAUGCCCAUUGGCGCCUGAAAAGUCUUAACUGUGGAUUCAAGGAGUUAAACGUUACUUUGCGUUUUAUUUUAUCCAGCGACACGAUGCAGAAGGCGCGUGCCAGCGUGGGCACUCCGAAAGCUGGUCAGUUUCGGGUGCCAAAAACCCCACAGCAAGUACAAAAGCAACAGGAGGAGGAUGACGCCGCCGUAGACGCUCUGGACGAUGCGCUAAUCUUCGACGACGAGGAGGGCGGCACCCGGAUCGGCGAUAUCUACAUCCCGCCGCCGGUGCCGCCGCACUGCUCCAUGGAGAGUACCGGACCCCGGCUAAUCAUCAAGAAGAUCGUCAACCGGAAUUUCAAGAGUUAUGCCGGUGAAGUGGAGCUUGGACCCUUCCACCAGAGCUUCACGGCCAUCAUAGGACCCAAUGGCAGUGGCAAAAGUAACGUCAUAGACUCUAUGAUGUUUGUUUUCGGCUGCAGGGCGAAUCGCAUUCGUUGCAAGAAGGUAUCCACUCUGAUACACUCUUCCUCGCAGUUUCCCAACAUCCGGAGCUGUUCCGUGGCGGUGCACUUUGAACAGGUCGUGGACAAGGGGGAUGGGUCGUGCGAAUCUGUGCCGGAUUCCCAGAUUGUAAUAGAGCGUACCGCCAUGUCGGAUAACUCGUCGUUUUACAAAAUCAAUGGCCAGCGGGCCCAGCUGAAGGACGUUGCCAAGCUGCUCAAGAAACACCACGUUGAUCUGGAGCACAAUCGUUUCCUGAUUCUCCAGGGCGAGGUCGAGUCCAUUGCCAUGAUGAAACCGAAGGGCCAGCAGGAGAACGACACUGGCAUGCUGGAGUAUCUGGAGGACAUCGUUGGCACCCAGAGAUAUAUUCGACCGCUGCAGCAGAUCAAUCAGCGAGUGGAUCAACUGACGGAUGACCGGACGGAGAAGCACAAUCGCUGCAAGCUGGCCGAGCGCGAGAUGAAGGAUCUGGAGCAGCCAUUUAACGAGGCUGUGGAAUAUCUCAAGAAGGAAAACGACUUCGUGAGGACCAAGUCUUGGGUAACCCAAAAGUACAUAAGUAUUAAGAAGCAGAAGCUGGAGCAGUACACCAAGGAGCACGAGGUCUAUGUGGAAGAGUUGAGGGUCCAUGACGAGGGAACUGAUGCAUUGAAGAAGGAAAGGGCGGAAAAGGAACAAAUCAUCAGAAAGGAGAUAGAGGCCUAUGAAUCUCUCGUGAAAAAGCGGGAGCAAAUCAAAAAGAAACUGGUGGCAGCGGAAAGAGCCUACACCGAAGUCCAGAGCACCAUGGAAAAUACAAACAAACAGAGGAAAAAGGACAAAACCCAAAUAGAAAAAAACGAAAAGGAACUGGAGGAUCUGCACAAGUUGCCGGAAAAGAAUCAACAGGAGAUCGAAGAUUGUAAUAAGAAGCUAGAGCGUCUGGAGAAGGAGAAGGGCACUCUGAGCGAAGAGCUGGAGAAGCAGCUAGGCCUUUUGAAGGAAAAAAGUGAACCCUUGACCGAACAGCGUCUCAAGCUCAGUGACGAGCUGGUGGGUCUCAAGGAGAAGGUUAAUGCCGCAAAGGCCGAGCUCCAGGUGUUUGAGUCUCAACUGAAAAUCCUAAAACAGGCAGAGACCACAGAGACUAGGAAAUAUGAAACCCUUAAGAGCUCCUACGAGCAGUCGCAGCAAAGCCUCCAGGAAAAGGUGGCCAAAGUGGAUGAGCUAAAGGAGAGUAUUCCGCGAAUGAAGACGGAAAUUACCACGAAAUCGGCAGAAGUGGAUAAACUGGUCAAGGAAGAGAGGAACCUAUCCAUGCAAUGCAACAAAAUCAGGGUGGAGAUCAAUGAAAGAUCGAGUAACAUGCAAGCCCAACGUUCCAACGACAAGGUUCUCGACUUUCUCAUGCGUCUGAAGAUGGAGGGAAAAAUUCCUGGCAUCCUGGGUCGCCUUGGUAACUUGGGUGGCAUUGAUGCCAAGUACGAUGUGGCCAUUUCCACCGCCUGUGGUCGCUUGGAUAACAUCGUGACAGACACAUAUGACACUGCCUCGGAGGCCAUUGCCGCCUUGAAGAAGUACAAUAUUGGCAGAGCCACCUUUAUAACUCUGGAAAAGAUUGAGAAUCUUCGCCGGGAGGCUGAGACUCCAAUUAAUACUCCGGAGAACGUCCCUAGGCUGUACGACCUGGUGCAGAUCGAGGAUGAGCGCUUGAGAACCGCCUUUUACUUUGCCCUGCGCAACACCCUGGUCUGCAAUGACCUGGAGCAGGGAACUCGCAUUGCCUACGGCAGACAACGCUUCCGUGUUGUGACCUUGCGCGGUGACCUGAUCGAGGUUACGGGGACCAUGUCUGGCGGUGGCAAUCGCGCCAUGCGCGGCAAGAUGGGCACUCAAGUGAAGACAAAGACGGUGGAGUCUGCGGACAGUUCGCAAACAUCCCAGAAAGCCCUCGAAGACAUGCAAGUGCAGGCCGAGGAACUCCAGUCUAGGAUAAAUUACUGCCAGGAGCAGCAGGGCAGGUUGGAACGCGAGGUGCAAACCCUACAGAUGACCCAGCAGCGGGACGAGGCAGAGUACAAGCGGCUGGCGGUGAGCAUAACAUCGCUGCAGCAGCAAAUGGCCAGCAACCUGAAGCAGUGCGAGGCCCAGCGACAACGGAUGCUCAAGAAAACAACGGACGAGGGAGCCGUAAAGGAGCGCCAGGAACAGAUCGAAGCCGCCAAGCAAGAACUGGAACAGGCGCAGUUCGCCGAACAGGCCGUUUCCACUCAAAUCGAGGAGAUCCAAAACCAGUACGAUGCUUUGCGAAACGACAACGUGAAACCGGUGGAGGCCAAGAUCAAGAAGGUUACCAAUCAGAUGGAAAAACUGGCCGCCAAUGUGCGAUCCAUGAAUGUGGCUCUGGCCACCGCGGAGCGAAACAUUGAAAAAAUUACGGGAAACAAUAAUAAUCUCCGGGAGAACAUCAAAACGGCGGAGGAUAAACUGAGAACGCUGAGCGAUGAGCGACAAAAGUGCCAGGAGAAGAAGGAGGAGCUGGAGAAGGAAGCCGAGGAGGCGGAGGAAUCAAUCGGGAAAGCAAAAUCCCAAUCCUCCGACAUAAAAAAGGACAUCGACGAGCUGAGCAAGAAGGAGAAUCAACGGAACAUAGAACGCAUCGAAAUAGACACCAAGAUGCAAGCUGCGGCGGGAAAGAUGAACGAGGUCAAGUCCGACAUACCCAAGUGGAAGGCUCAACUGAAGCCCCUGACCCUUAACGAGAUUCCAGGCGAAACAGAGCCACAAGCGCCGCUCAAGGAGCUAACGGAGGAGGAACUGGAUGCGGAGACACUCGAGGACAUGCAGUACAAGCAGACCUUGCUGGAGGAGCAGCUGAAAAAGAAGCCGAAUCUCGGUUGCAUCAAGGAGUUCAACGAGAAGCGCAAUGUCUACCUGGAUCGUGUCCGUGUUCUGGAGGACAUCACCUCGAAGCGAAACGAAAUGCGCGACAAGUACGAGGAGGUGCGAAAGCGUCGCUACAAGGAGUUCAUGGACGGAUUCAGCAUCAUUACGAGAAAGUUGAAGGAAAUGUACCAGAUGAUCACCCUCGGUGGUGAUGCUGAGCUGGAACUAGUCGACUCCAUGGAUCCGUUCACCGAGGGCGUUAACUUUACGGUGCGGCCGCCCAAGAAGAGCUGGAAGUACAUAUCCAACCUCUCGGGUGGCGAGAAGACCCUCUCCUCCCUGGCUCUGGUGUUCGCCCUGCAUUACUACAAGCCCUCCCCCUUGUACUUCAUGGAUGAAAUCGAUGCCGCGCUGGACUUUAAGAACGUCUCCAUUGUGGGUCACUACAUAAAGGAGCGAACCAAGAACGCCCAGUUCAUCAUUGUGUCGCUGCGCGUGAACAUGUUCGAGUUGGCCAACUAUUUGGUUGGCAUCUACAAGGUCAGUGACUGCACGGACUCCAUUACGCUCCUGAACCAUCCACCGCAGCUGGCCACGCAACAGCCGACUCUGCCCUGCAAUCAGACCUUGGACGACACACAGAGGCCGGAGAACGAGAAGGACAAGGAGCAGGAGAGCCAAGCCAGACCAUCGGAGGUGGAAAACCCCCCCGAAAAAGAGACCGGCGGUAGGGAAACUACUUUUGCUCCACCCAUGGACAGUACGGGUAUAAAUGAGACGCAAACACAGCCACGACCAACGAAGUCCGUGGGACCUGGAAGGGAAACCACAUUUCUGCCGCCAGUGGAAAGCACGGCCAUCGAAGAUUCGACACCCACGCCAAGACCAUCCGUCGAUAUUUCGUUGCAGAGUCCACCUAGCUCUCCGGAUCCUGUCCAGACCUAACCUCCAAGAGAUUCUAGUAUCCUUCAUCUAUUGUUAAAGAAAUCGCGACUAGGGCUAAGUCACUCCUUCAUUUUUUCUUAUAUUUUCCAUACCAUGUUACCGUAAAGUUUAUCGAAAAAAAUACAAAAAUUAUUUUAUUCAA